AUGGCGACAAAUCAGUUGGCUCAACAGUUACAGCCGACUGAGCGGCAAGAUGCCCUCAUAUGGAUUGACUGCGAGAUGACCGGCCUAAACCCAGACACCGAGUCUAUUCUCGAGAUCUUCUGCCUCAUAACUGAUGGCCAGCUAGAACUUCUUGACAGGGCUGGGUGGGGUGUUGUUAUCCACCACACAAAAGAACGGAUGUCUAGGAUGGAUGAAUGGUGCACCAGGGUCCACGGCGAGAGUGGGCUUACGGCGGCUGCCAUUAAUUCCACCGUAACCCCCGAGGAGGCUGCUGACGGCCUCCUCGCUUAUAUCCAAAAACAUGUACCCGAAAAGGGGGCAGCGUUGUUGGCGGGGAACAGCGUACAUGCUGACCGCACCUUUCUUCGCAUGGGGCCGUACAGUAAGGUUCUCGAUCACCUACACUACCGAAUCCUAGACGUCAGUAGCAUCAAAGAGGCCGCGGGGAGGUGGUGGUAUGUGGACCCCCAGCAUUUAUCCCUUACCCCAAGAGCGGCAAUCUCGGCGCCGAGGAAACAAGGCCUACACAAGGCAAAAGAUGACAUACUCGAGAGUAUCAAUGAGGCCAAGUAUUAUCGAUCGGCUAUCUUCCAGAAAGCUGAAGCCUCCACCCACUGA